GAUAGAUAGAUAUAGAAGAUAGAUAGAUAGAUAUCUCUUUUCUUCUCUUUCAAUCAAAGUUGAUGUCAUUUUGAAAAUUACAAUUAAUAUGAUUUGUUUAUAUAUAUAAUUAAUUGAAAAAUAUUGAAUACAAAAUAAAAAAAAUAUAGAAAAAUACAGAAUUAAUUAAACCAGAACCGAAACUUCAUAAAACACGUUUGGAAAUUGUGGGGAGAGGAAAGAUAAUGGAUGCGAGGAAUUCCAUUGUCGAAUGUUAAUACGGUGACUAAUAAAUAACAAAAUUAACAGUCAAAUUAGUGAUAAUUAAUCCACCGACAGCAUAUCUAAUAUAUAUUCAAGAAGUGGCAAUGAUCUUUCCAUCACACCACUACCUGUCCAUGUUCUCUUUGCAUUUUCUUCUUCUUUAUUCCCCUCCAUUUUUAAUGCCACUUCACCGGAAUAUCUUUGCAAGAACACACCCUUAAUACAAAAGAAAAAAUAUAUGGUUUAGGGUAGUGUAUGUUGGCGUAAGAUAACUCUAUCGUGGUUCAAUCGAGUUUUGCUGUUUAGGUGAUGAAUUAAUCAGAAUUCAGGCAUGAUACUAUACAUUAACUUUUACUGGUGAACCUCAAUCCCUAACUCUCUACCAUAAAUCAGUAAAUUCAUCGAAUUUAAAAAAUAUUAACCCUACUAUUCUAAUUCGUCCAAAUAUAUCAAAAUACAAAUAAUAGAUAUGAACACACAUUAAUAUCAUAGAUCAUACGUAUGCUAGCGUUUGCCUAGAAAUAUAUGCUAAAAGCAAUGAUGACUAAAGACGGUUCAAUGGAAUUUGUAAGUUGUAUCCUAAAUUUUCCUUUAACUGCACACACGAAUGAAACUCAAAUAAUUAUUUUUAGCAAAAGAACUAAUUUGCUUUGCUUUCCAACAAGUGUUACACAUCUCCUAUCUAUUUAAAUUUAUCGAUCAAUAUUUUUUCGUGCUCUUAACAAUGAUAGUCUUUUUCGACGCACUGUACACCGUUCCAUCACACUAAAUAUGUACCACACAAUACCAACUUGUACAGUUGUACCAUCACCAUUCACCAAUAUAUGAAUCGGACACAUAGUCUUCAACUCUCACUAUGAAUAUACGUAUAAGGGCAUAUGUAGGGUGCCAAUGCACAAGAGAAGUGGAUGGCGAUGAAACCCUAUGAAUUAACUCGUAUAGAUCACUAAGGCCGACGUUCGUUCCUGCUCGAUGGGUGGGUCUUGCAAGUGUUGGUGGUUAAUUAGAAUAACCUUUUGUUUGUGCUCACAACCUUUGUGUGUUUGGUCAAUUGUGGUAGUCUUAUUGCUUGUAGUGUGUUUGGUUAAACCGAAAUAUUCUUCUUCGACAUUGUGGUGGCCACCUUAGAUCUCCAAACUUGAAUAUAUAGUUUAAGGUAAAACCAUUUUUGUUAGGUGAAAAUGACCCAUGGUCCAAAUGGAAACCCUACGUUCCACCAUAUAAAUCUACCAUUUUAAAACCCCUAUAUAUCCUCAACAACAAUGUAUAAAUCAAUUCCUUAUUGUUAAAAGAUGGAUGCUAUAAUUGAACUUUUGUUGAAAAUAAUAAUUUUUAUUGACAUAAAAAAAGAAAUUUGUCGUGUUGACGUCUGAUUAUGUUUUCAUGAAAUGUUAUGAAGCUUAUAAUUUUCCAAUUUUAUCAAAGCUACUAAUGACCAAGUUUGACUGCGUUGAAGUUUAGAAAAAGUUCAUCUUGAACUUUCUUCGUUGUACUCAAAAUCUUUGGUGCUCAUCUGAUGUUCUCUAAUUGCAACUAGUAGUUUUUAAGAGUCGAUGCAGUUUUAAAAUAUUGUAUGAUUUUUUUAAUUUUUAGUACUAUUUAUGGUAAUAGAGUCAUCUUAUAUUGAAUGAAUUAUAUAAAAUGCAUGAUUAAUGAAUAUAGAGGCGCAAGUAAUUUAAAACGUAAAUUUCGACCAUCUACAAAAAAAUACAUACGCGAAUAUAUAAACUAAAACAUACGUGAAUACAUAUUUUUUAUCUAUUAAACUAAAUUAGUACAAUGAAUACCUAAAAAUCUGAUAAGUUGCCGUGCGAACGUGAAAUAUUAGAAAGAUACGAUAAACAUUUAAUUAAUUAUUAGCAUAUGGAUCGAUUAAUAACUAUUUUAAAUUAAUUACAAGAGAAUUAAUAUGUAAGACCAAAAAGGGGGGAAAAGGGUAGAAAAGAAAAAGAAAGGGGAACGGAAAACGGACAGAAAGCAAAUCGGCAGUUGCGGUUGCAAGGUCGCGCGUCGGCUUCUUCUUCUUCUUCUCCUUCCUCCCGCGCUGGAAUUGCCAUUUGCCAAAGACCAACAACAAAAGAAAAAACAAGUCGCUUUCUUUUCCUUUUCCUUUUUCUUAUUCUUCUUCUUCUUAUUAUUAUGUCAUUCUCCAACCUAUCCUUCUCUGACAUUCCACCUCUGCUCUGCUGCAAUAAAAACUAGUUUGCCCUUCUCUUCAUUUCAUUUUCUUCCCUUCAUAUUAUUCGGAGAAAAAUUGAUUACCCAUUUUCCUGGCCAUUGUAUUUUAGUUAAUUGACCUCUUCAAUUCAAUAUCCCUGCUGUGCUGCUCUGUGCUGUCUUCCCGCAUUCUUUUUAUCUUCUUCCUCGCGUCAGUCUUUUCUGUGUUUACAGACAAGAGGGAAACCCUCCUUUUUCCCUUUCAUCUUCUGUUUUAUCCAUCUCCAAACCCUCCUUGUUGUCUACCGUUUUCUCCACUCUAAAAAAAGAAUGGAAAGCCUGCAACUUUUUGGUGCCUCUUUCGCAUGAGCUGACCAUCUCGUCAUCUCUCCUCUUGUUUAUCUGUCAACUAUUUUGGGGAUCUUAUUUCUUCUUCUUUCGUCCUUCUCCCAUGGCGGUUGCUGGUUCUUAAGGUAUUCUUUCUGAAUCCCUCUUUCCCAUUUCUUAUGGUCUCUUCAUUUCGUUAUGCUUUCUUUUCUGUUUCCAUUUCUGGGUCAAGGUUAUAUUAGCUCCAGCGCUUUGGGGGGGUUUCAAUUUAAUUUUCUGCGGAGUUGGUGGUGGCCGGCCGAUUUAAUGUAUGGGUCUUCCUCCAUUUGAAUGAUUAUGGAGUAAGGAUCCAGUUUGCUGUGCUUUUUCUUUGAGUGUCGUUGUUUGGUUGGUGGACGAACAUGGUAAAGUUUCAAUUGCAUGAUUAAAUGAGCUCAACGGAUAAAAAGUAAUUAGCUUUUGUUGUUUCGAUAAAGCAAGUGAUCUAGUUGAACUCCGUUGUUUGCUAUUUUGGUAACUUCUGCUUGUUCUUUCCUAGUUUUGACCUUUUCCCAGGAUUUUGGUAUGCAUUCCUUUUGGAUUGGAUCUGCAGUCUGCUGUCAACAAUGCUUUCCCUCAACUGAAAUGGUUUCUUUCUUGGUGUGCAUUUGCUCAUUAUUAGGAAGGAGAGUGUGAUUUGAGAUGCCUGGAAUUGUGAUGGAAGGAGCUAAGGAAGAAGCUGAAGUAGUAGCCACUGAAAUGAAUGGAAGCUUUGCUCCAGGCAAGGAAGCCCCAGUUUCAAACCAGUCUCCUACAAACAGUGGUGGUAGAUCCAGCCCUCACACCACAGGCAUAGUAGAUAGCACUGUCCAUGAAGAGGGUAAUAAUGCUGCACAUGAUAGUGUCAUUGAUGGUGCUCAUGAUGAGAGGGUAGUUGAUACCUCAAUUGAGCAGCUAUAUGAGAAUGUAUGUGAUAUGCAGAGCUCGGAUCAAUCACCUUCCAGGCGCAGCUUCGGAUCCGAUGGUGAUGAAUCCAGGAUUGAUUCGGAGUUGCGCCAUCUGGUAGGGGGCGAGAUGAAGGAGAUCGAGAUUAUGGAAGAAGAGGAGGAAGAAGAAGAGGUAAAUACUAAACUACCUGAGUUAGAUAACUCUUCACCUCAUAAGGAGACUUCAUCUGCUGAAGUUGAGAAGAAGUCUGUUUCAUCUAGCGAUUCCAAGAACCCUACUAGUAACUUGGCAUUCGAGUCACCAUUGAGCCCUAAGGAGAAACCUCUUCUAGAUAGACCACCGAUGGAGAAAAAGAGUGGGAAGAAGAAGAAAACAGUACCUGCUAUGGCUUUAAGGAAGAGGAAUAAGUCUGUAGGCGUCGCCAGCAAGGGACCUUCUGAUUCGGGUCAGGAUAAUAAUCCGGAUCUUGGGCGGUUUCUUCUGAAACAAGCAAAGGAUUUGGUCUCUUCGGGGGACAAUAGUAACUACAACCCCCAGAAGGCACUCGAUUUAGCACUUAGAUCCGUCAAAGCAUUCGAAGCCUGCACCAAUGGCAAACCUAGCUUGGAAUUGGUCAUGUCGCUCCAUGUUGCAGCUGCAAUCUACUGCAGCACGGGACAGUACAACGAAGCUAUCCCACUUCUCGAACAGUCCAUCGACAUUAUUCCAGCCAUCACAAAGGGCCACCAAGAAGAACACGCUCUCGCCAAGUUUGCCGGUUACAUGCAAUUGGGUGACACUUAUGCAAUGCUGGGCCAGCUGGAGAACUCCACAAAGUGUUAUUCCACCGGGCUCGACAUCCAGAAGCAAGUUCUGGGCGAGAAUGAUCCUCGAGUUGGGGAAACUUGCAGGUACUUAGCUGAGGCCCAUGUUCAGGCAUUGCAGUUUGACGAGGCGCAGAAGCUAUGUCAGCUGGCGCUCGACAUUCACCGGGAGAAUGGAGCUCCAGCUUCCCUUGAGGAAGCAGCUGAUCGAAGGCUGAUGGGACUGAUCUGUGAGACGAAAGGAGAUCAUGAGUCGGCUCUUGAGCAUCUCGUGUUGGCCAGCAUGGCAAUGGUGGCUAAUGGUCAGGAAGGGGAGGUGGCUGGGGUUGAUUGCAGCAUUGGCGAUGCCUACUUGUCGUUGACUCGAUAUGAUGAGGCAAUCUUUGCAUAUCAGAAGGCUCUCACUUCGUUGAAGACUAAGAAGGGAGAGAAUCAUCCUGCUGUUGGGUCGGUUUUCGUGAGAUUGGCUGAUUUGUAUAAUAAGACUGGGAAGCUGAAGGAAGCAAGAUCAUACUGCGAGAAUGCUUUACGUAUUUACGAGAAGCCUGCCCCAGGGAUCCCUCCCGAGGAGAUUGCGACCGGUUUGACCGACAUUUCUGCCAUUUAUGAGUCGAUGAACGAGCUCGAGCAGGCGAUCAAACUGCUGGAGAAAGCAUUAAAGAUUUACAGUGAUGCUCCCGGCCAACAGAGCACGAUGGCUGGAAUUGAGGCUCAAAUGGGAGUGAUCUACUACAUGAUGGGGAAUUACUCCGAAUCAUACGAUUCGUUUAAGAGUGCAGUUGCCAAAUUGAGGGCUAGCGGAGAGAGGAAGUCGGCCUUCUUUGGGAUUGCCCUGAACCAGAUGGGUCUUGCUUGUGUUCAGCGGUUUGCUAUAAACGAAGCUGUAGAACUUUUCGAGGAAGCUAAGGAUGUUUUGGAACAUGAAUGCGGACCUGAGCAUCCUGACACUCUUGGUGUCUACAGCAAUCUUGCUGGCACCUAUGAUGCCAUGGGGAGGCUGGAAGACGCGAUCAAGAUCUUGGAGUACGUUGUGCAAGUGCGGGAGGAUAAGCUCGGGACAGCGAAUCCAGAUGUGGCUGAUGAGAAGAAGAGGUUGGGAGAGUUGCUGAAGGAAGCAGGGAGAGUUCGGACCCGGAAAGCGAGGUCUCUGGAGAACCUUCUUGAUAACAAUGCUGCAAACACUUCUUCUCACAAUACAACAAACAAAGAUGUGAUUACAGUAGUGUAAUGUGGGUUUGUCAUAUACAGAAAGAAAAGAUCUGCACACGAGAUUUCAAAAGCUAUAGGAUGUAAUAUGUAAGAAGGAAAAGUGAUUGAAAAGAAGUGAAGAAAUGGUUUGGAUUUUGGGAUCUGUUAUUUUUUUAAUGUCUCUUAUCUGGUUUUUCUACCCUUUAGCCUUCUUUUGUUACUUAUCAAGGGUUGAUUCCUCUUUUGUAUAAGUUAAAUUGCUUGCUGUAUAAAUUAUUUGAUGUAAAUCUGGAUCUAAAGUUAAAGUGAUUACAUGUACUCAUUUUGAUUCUUCAAUGAAGUAAAUGUUCUAUU